UUAUGCAUUGUCACGCUGAUUCAGCUGAUGGUGUGUUCUUUGUGUUGUUUGUCAAAUUCAUAUUCGAUUUUUUCAUUCAUUUUGUGAGAUUCUAUUUUGCCGGUUUUUUGAUUAUAUUUCUUCUUGAAUUUGUUUCUUUUUUCUUGUUCCAGAAUUUAUAUACUUUCAAUUGAUUGUGUCAUUCAUUCAUUGUCAUUAAUACAUAAAUAAUGUUUCGUAAUCAAUAUGAUAAUGAUGUGACCACUUGGUCACCACAAGGCCGAUUACAUCAGGUUGAAUAUGCAAUGGAAGCUGUCAAACAAGGAUCAACAGCGAUUGGAUUAAAAAAUCGUGAUACAUUUGCUGUAUUGGUCGUAUUGAAACGUACAUCACAUGAAUUAUCAUCGUAUCAAAAAAAAUUGGUCCAGGUUGAUGAUCAUAUUGGUGUUGCUAUUGCUGGUUUAACAGCCGAUGGCCGUAUAUUAACACGUUAUAUGCGUAAUGAAUGUCUUAAUGAACAAUUUACACAUGGACAACCAUUAUUAUUGAAUCGUUUAAUGGCGGAUAUGGGAUUGAAAAUGCAAACCUGUACACAACGUUAUGAUCGUCGUCCAUAUGGUGUUGGAUUGAUUGUUGCUGGUUAUGAUAAAACUGGUCCACAUAUUUAUCAAACAUGUCCAUCUGCUAAUUAUUUUGAUUGUAAAUCAAUGGCAAUCGGUUCACGUUCACAAUCAGCUCGUACAUAUUUGGAAAAACAUUUGGAUAAAAUUAUUGAUUGUUCACGUGAUGAAUUAGCCAGACAUGGUCUACUUGCAUUACGUGAAUGUCUACCAAAUGAUACACAAUUAACAACACAAAAUGUUAGUAUCGGUAUUGUUGGCAAAGAUUUUCCAUUUCGUAUAUUUGAAGAUGAUGAUGUAGAACAAUUUUUAAGCCGUUUGACUGAUUCUGAAAAACGUGGCCGUUCAACACAAUCGCAGCCACCAGCUGUACCGGCAAGAGAUUCUAUGGAUGUUGAUGAUGCACAACAACCACCAAGACCAGCCGAUCCUACGGUUGAACAACGUCCGCCUGGACCACAAUAAUUAUUGUUUUUUAGAUUUUUUCAUCGAUAAUUUCAAUGAUAAAUAAUGUCAACGAUUGUCGUAUCAAUUUUUUCUAUUUGUUUGUUUGUCAUUCUUUUAUUGUUACCAUCGAACUAAAUACACCCAAAUGAAAAAAAACCUAUUGCUUUUGCUUUUAUGUAUGUUUCUGGAACACACACACA